AUGGGAAGUCUGCCCAGCAGAGGGAAAAGGCUGCCAAGCCCAAGCUCCGGCCCCUGUGCGGAAGGCCGAGGACCUGUGCCUGGGCAAGCAGGGGGGAGCAAGGCCACAGCCGUGGCCCUGGGCAGGUUCCCGGCAGGCGGGCAGGCCGAGCUGUCACUGAGACUGGGGGAGCCUCUGACCGUCAUCUCUGAGGAUGGAGACUGGUGGACGGUGCUGUCAGAAGUGUCAGGCAGAGAGUACAGCAUUCCCAGUGUCCAUGUGGCCAAAGUCUCCCAUGGGUGGCUAUAUGAGGGCCUGAGCCGGGAGAAAGCUGAGGAACUGCUACUGUUGCCUGGGAAUGCUGGAGGAGCCUUCCUCAUCCGGGAGAGCCAGACCAGGAGAGGCUGUUACUCCCUGUCUGUCCGACUCAGCCGCCCUGCAUCCUGGGACCGGAUCAGGCAUUACAGGAUCCAGCGGCUUGACAAUGGCUGGCUGUACAUUUCACCGCGCCUUACCUUCCCCUCACUCCAGGCCCUGGUGGACCAUUAUUCCGAACUGGCGGAUGACAUCUGCUGCCUCCUCGAGGAGCCCUGUGCCCUGCAGAGGGCUGGCCAGGUCCCUGGCAAGAACAUACCCCUACCUGUGACUGUUCAGAGAACACCACUCAAUUGGAAAGAGCUGGACAGCUCCAUCCUGUUUUCUGAAGCAUCUGCCACAGGGGAGGCCUCCCUCCUCAGCGAGGGUCUCCGGGAGUCCCUCAGCUCCUACAUCAGCCUGGCUGAGGAUAGAUCCUUGGACGAUGCCAAGUCCCCAAGCCGAGGCCGAAAGGGGAACCAAGGCUGCAGCACCUAG